AUGCCGAAGGGGCGGCGCGGCCGCCAGAGCCCCACGAUGAGUCAGCGGCCAGCCCCUCCCCUCUAUUUCCCCUCCCUCUACGACCGCGGCAUCUCCUCGUCCCCUCUCAGCGACUUCAACAUCUGGAAGAAGCUCUUUGUGCCGCUGAAGGCAGGCGGGGCGGCGGGGGGCCGGUCCCUGCCCCAGGCGUCCCCGGCCCCGAUGCCUCCGCCCCCGAUGCCUCCGCCGCCACCACCCGGCCUGGGUCCCCCCAGCGAGCGUCCCUGUCCCCCGCCCUGGCCCUCUGGCCUGGCCUCCAUCCCCUAUGAGCCUCUGCGCUUCUUCUACUCGCCGCCUCCGGGGCCCGAGGUGGCUGCCUCGCCCCUGGCCCCAUGCCCCACGACCUCCCGGCUCGCCUCUGCCUCCCACCCUGAGGAAUUGUGCGAGCUGGAGAUCCGGAUUAAGGAGCUGGAGCUGCUCACCAUCACUGGGGACGGCUUCGACUCCCAGCGCUAUAAGUUCUUGAAGGCGCUGAAAGAUGAAAAGUUACAAGGACUGAAGACCAGGCAGCCUGGAAAGAAGUCAGCCUCUCUCUCCUGAGGAGCUGCCCACAGAGUCCGGGUAGCCAUCUCCUUAGGCGUUAGUGCUUAGAUAAUGUGUCCUGUUUGUUGUCAUUUCAAAGAUUGUUAUUUUCUGUUCUGUAUUUACUGCUGUUCUUGUUGCUUCCAGCCUGCACUCCACAUAC